AUGACAAACACGUUGACAAAAGAUCAGAUUGCAGAAUUCUGGGAAGCUUUCUGCCUCAUUGACAAGGAUUCUGACGGAUUCAUAACUGUGGAUGAAUUCAUAACAAUUAUCAAAUCAUUAGAGGGAAAUCUAACAAAAGAAGAAAUUCAAGAAAUUAUUAGUAAAGCUAAUAUUUAUGGAAAUGGAAGGGUAAACUUUGAAGAAUUCUUGCAUAUUAUAGAAAUUAAAAUGAAGGAAUAUUUGAGCGAGGAGCUAAAAGACGCAUUCAAAGUAUUUGAUAGCGAUAAUGAUGGAUACAUAUCAGCUACUGAGCUGAGACAUGUGAUGAUGAAAUUGGGAGAGAGGCUAACAGAUGAAGAGGUUGAACAAAUGAUUAGAGAAGCAGAUUUUGAUGGAGAUGGUAGAGUUAGCUAUGAAGAAUUUGUAAAGUUUAUGAUGCUGAAUUAAUCACCUUUGAAAAGGUUAUCAUUGACAAUUUU